ACCAAACCAGCAUUUGAGGUAACGAGGAACAGUUUUAUAUGUCCGUUUCGUUUGGCUAGGCAGGCCGCGAGUUCUACCCAUGAUCUGGUUUGCUUAACUUGGCUCCGGAGAUGUCAACGAGAAGAUGAACAAUGGAAUAACCAGACCUUUCUUAUCGUCACGUGGCUUCUGUAGCUCGCUUAUCUCACCCCAUCAACCAUUGCAUCAAAACCAUGACUUUGUUCCUCGCUCUACUUCGUUAUCAAAUGCUCUACAGCAUUACAUUAAUUCCGAUACUCCUUCCCACGGCCAAAAGAUCCACUCCACCAUUCUUAAAACUGGGUUUGUUCCAAACACCAAUAUUUCCAUCAAACUACUUAUUUUGUACCUGAAAUGUAACUGUUUAAGAUAUGCACGCCAGGUGUUUGAUGAUUUGCGGAACGCAACCUUAUCUGCUUAUAACUAUAUGAUUGGUGGCUAUCUUAAACAAGGAAAAGUUGAAGAGUCACUUGGUUUGGUGCAUAGGCUUUUAGUGUCCGGGGAAAAGCUUGAUGGGUUUACUUUUUCAAUGGUUUUGAAGGCAUCUACUUCUGGGGUUAAUGUUGCAGUGCUUGGUGAUCUAGGUAGAAUGGUACAUGCUCAGAUUCUCAGAUCUGAUGUUGAGAAAGAUGAAGUUCUUUGCACGGCACUGAUUGACUCUUAUGUUAAGAAUGGGAGGGUUGCUUAUGCUAGGACAGUAUUUGAUGUGAUGUCGGAGAAGAAUGUGGUAUGCUCAACUUCCCUCAUCUCUGGUUACAUGAAUCAAGGCUCUUUCGAAGAUGCAGAAUGUAUUUUUCAGGAAACUUUGGGUAAAGAUGUGGUGGCAUUUAAUGCAAUGAUUGAAGGCUACAGCAAGACUUCUGAAUAUGCCACGAAAUCUCUUGAAGUUUACAUUGACAUGCAAAGGUUGAACUUUAGGCCAAAUCUUUCUACCUUUGCUAGCAUAAUUGGUGCUUGUUCUGUGCUUGUAGCAUUUGAAAUUGGGCAACAAUUGCAGAGUCAGCUCAUGAAGACUCCGUUUUAUGCUGACAUAAAAUUAGGAAGUGCCCUUAUAGACAUGUAUUCCAAGUGUGGAAGAGUUGCGGAUGCUCGAAGAGUUUUUGACCACAUGCUUGAGAAGAAUGUUUUUUCAUGGACAUCUAUGAUUGACGGAUAUGGGAAAAAUGGGUUUCCUGAUGAAGCACUUGAGCUAUUUGAAAAAAUGCAGACCGAGUAUUGCAUUGUACCCAAUUUUGUGACAUUUCUAAGUGCUCUCUCGGCUUGUGCACAUGCUGGACUUGUGGAUAAGGGUUGGGAGAUCUUUCAGAGCAUGGAGAAUAAAUACCUGAUAAAGCCAGGGAUGGAGCAUUAUGCUUGCAUGGUUGAUCUGUUAGGACGAGCAGGGAGGCUGAAUCAAGCUUGGGAGUUUGUCAUGAGGAUGCCUGAGAGACCCAAUUCGGAUGUGUGGGCUGCUUUUCUUAGUUCUUGCAGACUCCAUGGUAGUACAGAGAUGGCAAAAUUAGCUGCAAAUGAGCUUUUUAAGCUGAAUGCUGAUGGAAGACCAGGUGCAUAUGUUGCACUAUCUAAUACUUUGGCAGCUGCUGGAAAAUGGGAUAGUGUAACUGAGCUUAGAGAAAUAAUGAAAGAGAGAGGAAUAUCCAAGGACAUUGGCUGCAGUCGGGUUGGAGCUGAUGGCGUCUUUUAGUUCUCAU